AUGUUCGUAAAGCAUCUCCCUUCCAUGUUUCACAUGCUUAGUGAGAAUUAUGUGGUUCACUUUGACCAUAUCCCCAACAUCAGGAAAACUGUGGUAUGUGAUUGGGAAAUUAUGGGAUUAUUAUGUGCCAAGAACCUUGCAAAGAAAGACUUCUUCAGACUCCCUGACCCCUUUGCAAAGAUUGUCGUGGAUGGGUCCGGGCAGUGCCACUCAACUGACACUGUGAAAAACACAUUGGACCCAAAGUGGAACCAGCACUAUGAUCUAUAUGUAGGGAAAACAGAUUCUAUAACCAUCAGCGUGUGGAACCAUAAGAAAAUUCACAAGAAACAGGGAGCUGGCUUCCUGGGCUGUGUGCGGCUGCUCUCCAAUGCCAUCAGCAGAUUAAAAGAUACUGGAUACCAGCGUUUGGAUCUAUGCAAACUAAAUCCCUCAGAUACUGAUGCAGUUCGUGGCCAAAUAGUGGUCAGUUUACAGACACGAGACAGAAUAGGCACCGGCGGCUCGGUGGUGGACUGCAGAGGUCUGCUAGAAAAUGAAGGAACGGUGUGUGAAGACUCAGGGCCCGGUAGGCCACUCAGCUGCUUCAUGGAGGAACCAGCCCCUUAUACAGACGGUACCGGUGCUGCUGCUGGUGGAGGGAACUGCAGGUUUGUGGAGUCUCCAAGUCAAGGUCAAAGACUUCAGGUGCAGCGGCUUCGAAAUCCUGAUGUGCGAGGUUCACUGCAGACGCCUCAGAACCGACCGCAUGGCCACCAGUCGCCAGAACUGCCCGAAGGCUACGAACAAAGAACAACAGUCCAGGGGCAAGUUUACUUUUUGCACACACAGACUGGAGUUAGCACGUGGCACGACCCCAGGAUACCAAGUCCCUUGGGGACCAUUCCUGGGGGAGAUGAAGCUUUUCUAUACGAAUUCCUUCUACAAGGCCAUACAUCUGAGCCCAGAGACCUUAACAGUGUGAACUGCGAUGAACUUGGACCACUGCCACCAGGUUGGGAAGUCAGAAGUACAGUUUCUGGGAGAAUAUAUUUUGUAGAUCAUAAUAACCGAACAACCCAGUUUACAGACCCAAGGUUACACCACAUCAUGAAUCACCAGUGCCAACUCAAGGAGCCCAGCCAGCCGCUGCCACUGCCCACCGAAGGCUCUGUGGAGGACGAGGAGCUUCCUGCCCAGAGAUACGAAAGAGAUUUGGUCCAGAAACUAAAAGUCCUCAGACAUGAACUGUCACUUCAGCAGCCCCAAGCUGGUCAUUGCCGCAUUGAAGUAUCCAGAGAAGAAAUAUUCGAGGAGUCUUACCGCCAGAUAAUGAAGAUGCGACCGAAAGACUUGAAAAAACGACUCAUGGUGAAAUUCCGAGGGGAAGAAGGUUUGGAUUACGGUGGCGUGGCGAGGGAGUGGCUUUAUUUGUUGUGCCAUGAAAUGUUGAAUCCGUAUUACGGACUCUUCCAGUAUUCCACAGACAAUAUUUACAUGUUGCAAAUCAAUCCAGAUUCUUCAAUCAACCCUGACCACUUGUCUUACUUCCACUUUGUUGGGCGGAUCAUGGGGCUGGCUGUGUUCCACGGACACUAUAUCAAUGGGGGCUUCACGGUGCCCUUCUACAAGCAGCUGCUGGGGAAGCCCAUCCAGCUCUCAGAUCUGGAGUCGGUGGACCCGGAGCUGCAUAAGAGCUUGGUGUGGAUCCUGGAGAACGACAUCACCCCCGUACUGGACCACACCUUCUGCGUGGAACACAAUGCCUUUGGGCGAAUUCUUCAGCACGAACUGAAGCCCAAUGGCAGAAAUGUGCCCGUCACAGAGGAGAACAAAAAAGAAUAUGUCCGGUUGUAUGUAAACUGGAGGUUUAUGAGAGGAAUCGAAGCACAGUUCUUAGCUCUUCAGAAAGGGUUCAAUGAACUCAUCCCUCAACACCUGCUGAAGCCUUUUGACCAGAAGGAACUAGAGUUGAUAAUAGGUGGCCUGGACAAAAUAGACUUGAAUGACUGGAAGUCGAACACGCGGCUGAAGCACUGCGUGGCCGACAGCAACAUCGUCAGGUGGUUCUGGCAAGCAGUGGAGACCUUCGAUGAAGAAAGGCGGGCCAGGCUCCUGCAGUUCGUGACCGGGUCCACUCGCGUCCCGCUCCAAGGUUUCAAGGCUUUGCAAGGCUCUACAGGCGCGGCAGGGCCCCGGCUGUUCACCAUCCACCUGAUAGAUGCGAACACGGACAACCUUCCAAAGGCCCAUACCUGCUUUAACCGGAUCGACAUUCCACCUUAUGAGUCCUAUGAGAAGCUCUACGAGAAGCUGCUGACGGCGGUGGAGGAGACCUGCGGGUUUGCUGUGGAGUGAAAAGGGCAACCAAAGGCAACAGUCUAGCUCAUGACCACCAGACCAAAAGCAUAUCGCUUCUGGGCGCCUCCUGCAAAGCGGCUGAGCCCUGGAACCACAGAUCACCUGAGGGAGAAGGGCUGCCUCUCUCCUUUCCGUGGGGGGAGGCGGACGGGGGACUUUCGUUGGUGGCUCCCACCCAUAUAUCCCUCCUUUAUUAUGGUAUUCUCACCCCCUUCCAUCACCCAUCCAAUAAAUUGCAGCCAGGUUUA